AUGAUCUUACUGGGAUCGAUUCUCUUCUGGUCUACCACCUUAUUUUGCCAUGUGGUUUCUCACAGAUCACAGCAGGAGUUCUUAAGAGUAGAUUUUUAUAAAAACCCUUUCAAUUACCAUGAAUCAUUCACUAUCACUAUAAGCUUGGAAUAUACGCCCUCCUCUGUUACCUACGUAUUUGCCUCCCCUUGUCAUAUCUUUUUCUCUCCUUAUCCUCUCCCUUUCUUCCUCACUGAGCUGCCUCUCCACACUAAGCCCGAUUAA